AUGUGGUGGAGUUUUGUGGUGGCUGCUUGUCUCCAGCAAGAAUUAUUCGCGGAUUAUCUCAAGUUUCAACCUUUUUGGUCCUUGAGCAUGGACUUGAAUGCCUUCCCAGAACCAGAAGAGGAUGAAGUGUUUUAUCAACCAAAUUUCGAAGAAGAUCAUGCACCAGAAGACCAGAUAGAGUACAAUGAACAUUCAGAACACGGGGAGUCUGCUGUUGAGAUUUCACGCCGGGAACGUGAAGAGAGGAUUCAGCGGCUAAAAAGACAACGUCCCAAUGAGCGGCUAUCAUACCUAUCUCAGCCACCACCGCAUGAUGAUGGGUAUCAAAUGAAAAAACAGAGACCUCAUAAUAAACUCCCUCCAGGUUGGUUGGAAUGCCCUGCAUUUGGUCAGGAAAUAGGCUGUUUAGUACCUUCAAAAGUUCCUUUAGGUGAAUCAUUCAAUGAUUGUAUUCUUCCUGGUAAAAGAUACUCUUCCAGGCAGGUGAUUCAUCAACAGAGAGUUUUAGGAAGGAAGCUUGGUUUGGUGAUCGAUCUUACAAAUUCAAAUAGAUAUUAUUCAACUAAUGAUUGGAAGAGAGAAGGUAUCAAGCAUGUUAAGAUUCCUUGCAAAGGGCGUGAUUCUGUGCCUGAGAAUGAGGCCGUAAACGCGUUUGUUUUUGAGGUCUCACAGUUUCUUGCUCGACAAAAGCACUCAAAGAAAUAUAUUCUUGUCCAUUGCACGCAUGGGCACAAUCGCACUGGGUAUAUGAUUAUCCAUUUUCUCAUGCGAACUCUACCUAUUUCUGUCACUCAGGCAAUCAAAAUAUUUGCCGAUGCUCGUCCUCCGGGGAUAUACAAGCCUGACUAUAUUGAUGCCUUGUACAGCUUUUAUCAUGAGAAGAAGCCUGAAAUGGUUGUUUGCCCUCCAACUCCCGAGUGGAAAAGAUCUUCUGAACUUGAUCUGAAUGGUGAUGCAAUGCCAGAUGACGACGACGAUGACGGAGGUUCCACAGCUCCUCUGCAGGAGAAUCAUGAGACACAGCUAGUAAUGACAAAUGAUGACAUUUUGGGAGAUGAUAUCCCCAAAGAUCAACAAGAAACCCUGCAGCUGUUCUGCUAUCAGUCGCUGAAGUUGUCUGGAUGGGGAAGAGGAAUCCAACAAUUCCCUGGGUCGCAUCCAGUUUCUCUCAACAGGGACAACUUACAAUUGUUAAGACAACGUUAUUACUACGCCACCUGGAAAGCUGAUGGAACACGGUAUAUGAUGUUAAUAACUAUGGAUGGGUGUUACCUAAUUGAUCGACAUUUCCAUUUCCGAAGGGUCCAGAUGAGAUUUCCUUGCAGACAGGCUAAUGAAGGAUUAGAUGAGAAGGUUCAUCAUUUCACAUUACUUGAUGGAGAAAUGAUAAUUGAUACAGUGCCUGACUCGCAGAAGCAAGAAAGGAGAUAUCUCAUCUAUGAUAUGAUGGCGAUUAAUUCGGUUUCCAUAGUAGAGCGGCCCUUUUAUGAACGUUGGAAAAUGCUUGAGAAGGAAGUAAUUGAACCUCGGAAUAUAGAACGACAAAAUAUAUACCAGAGCAAAAACCCCUAUUACAGAUAUGAUAUGGAACCAUUCAGGGUGAGAAGGAAAGACUUUUGGCUGCUAUCUACAGUCACAAAACUUUUGAAGGGAUUUAUUCCAAAGCUUUCACAUGCUGCUGAUGGUCUUAUUUUUCAGGGUUGGGAUGAUCCCUAUGUUCCUCGAACGCAUGAGGGUCUCUUGAAGUGGAAAUACCCAGAAAUGAAUUCAGUUGAUUUUCUCUUUGAGAUGGUUGACAGUCGCCAGUCAAUUUAUCUUAAUGAACGAGGGAAGAAAAAACUCAUGGAAGGAAGUCGGGUUGUUUUCCCGGAUGGGUCCGAUCCCACAUCAUAUUCGGGGAAGAUAAUAGAGUGUUCUUGGAAUUCUGAAGAAGACGUAUGGAUAUGUAUGCGGAUCAGACCAGAUAAAGGGACCCCAAAUGAGUUUAACACCUACAAGAAGGUUUUGAGAAGUAUAAGGGACAAUAUCACCGAGGAAGUCCUUUUGGACGAAAUAAAUGAGAUCAUUCGCCUGCCAAUGUAUGCAGAUAGGAUAAAGAAUGAGAGCAAAGCCCAUCAACACUUAAACUCAUCACGUCGUAGGUGA